AUGGAUGAAGAUAUAGGAGAUGAACUUGAUCAAAUUUCUGUAUCUGAAUCUGCCAUAUGUGAAGUUGAGCAAACUAAACUAUUGCUACCAGAUGACCAACCCAAUAGUCUUAUUAUUAUUAAUCAAAAUAUUCGCAGUAUCAAUAAGAAAUUUGACGGUUUCACAGUAUUAUUGAAAAGACUUGAGGUUGACUGUGACAUUAUUAUUCUGACCGAAAGCUGCCUUGGUUCUGAUUCUUUAUUGCCUAAUUUAAAUGGAUAUAGUAGUCAUGCAACAACAAAACAUGCAUUGCAGAAUGACGGAAUCAUGGUAUAUGCAAAAUCUGAUAUCAAUAUUACUUUUGAAGAACCGACAUUUCUAGAAGAAAACUGUCUUGUUAUGAAACUUGGUCUCGAAAAUGCAAUAUUGGACUCUUUUUAUUCUCUACCUUAA